AUGCAAGCAACCAACUUUUCAUCCGCCACGCUUCCACUUGGGCCAAGUUGGUCAUCACCAUCAGGUUCCAGGAGAAAGCCUGUUAAUGGCGGCCUACUAAUUGUGAUGAGUGCGAGUGGAGGCCGAAGAGAUCAGCAUGGACGGCGAGAUUAUGGGGGGAGGAUUGUGGACGAGAACAUGAUAUUGCUACGAAUGCGCAUUAGGGAGUUGAAGAUGUCAGAGAUGAGCCAGGAACCACCUGCGAGUUGGAUGGAGUGGGAGAAGAAAUACUACACACAGUACGACGAGGAUGUUUGUGAGGCGGUGGGGCUGUUGCAGUCUUAUUUGUUGAGCAUUAGGCCGAGUUUGGCAUUAGGGAUGGCGGCGCUUGUUAUUUUGAGUGUGCCUUUUUCUGCUGGGGUGCUCUUCUUUCAUGCUUUAGAGAUGGCUAAGGCAAUCUUGUAG